AUGAAACGCAUUUCUUUUUUUCACCUCAGGAAAUGCAAGCUAUCACCAUUAGAGAGAGAGAGGAUAUUAAAGAUUAAAGCUCAAAUGGAAGUAGAAAUUCACGCUUUGGAAGAGCAGAUUUACCGUGAAAAACUCGCGCAGAUUGCUAGGGGUAACAGACCUCAGAUGCUGACCGACAGAUUAAGGUAAAAUUUCUUAUUAAUAUUUUGCAUUAUUCCUUGAUUCUAGUACAUUAGAGAAAACUUGAAUAAUUGUCGACGGCCGGGAGAUUCAAAAGCCUUGCCACCAAGUGAGGAAAAUUCAAAGUCACGACCUUGUAAAUCACCUACAAGCCUGUCAUGAUCUCUUGUGUUAAUCAAUGAUUAUGUUACCAUUCUGAAAAUGUUUUUUCUCUUUUUUUGUAAUCUCACUUUUCACCUCCGAAGGUGGAAUAUCGGGGACAUAAUUUUCAUACCUGUCGGUAAAAAACCUUUUGUGAAAUGCGGAGUUUCAUUUAGAGCUCAAUAUCUUGAUGUGGAUUGUUGAAAUUGAACCUGUUCCAAGCGUUUUGUGAGUCAAACGGGGGAAAAUAGUAAACGGUGUGACAGUGACAGUACAGCGAAAAUGAGGGAGGUUUGGGUCGAGUCGCAAUUUGAUUCGAACCUCUCUCGUUUUUCACCACUCCGGUACUAUUGAGCCGUUUACUAUCAUGCUUCGUUUCACUAACUGAACGCUCGGAAGUCUGGAUUACAUCCAACCGUUUGCAUUUUGUUUCUAACGCGGAGAUCUUCGCUUUAUAGCUGGACUGGAAUCAACAAACCAAAUGCAAAUUUACAAAGGGAAGGAUAUGACUCGCAGCUUGAAUCUGAGAGACAAAUGCUUGAUGCACUCCAGUUCGCAUGGUUUCAAAGAGAGAAUCCGCUAGAGAAUUCGAUAGUGGGCUCACUUCCUAACCUAAGAGAUAUAUGGCAUUUUGAGAAAGUCAGGAACUCAGGAGCUGAGCAAAAACACUUUUAUAGAGAGCGUUAG